GUUAAAACCAACUGAAAUGCAAUCAUAUGACAUACUUUUUAAAAAUGGUGUAGAAGAAACAGAAAAAAUUGCUUCAGCACACCAGUCUCAGAUGAAAGAAAAAAAUAAAGCCUAUUUGCCACCUUUAACCAACCCUAUGGCACUUCCCCCUAACCUACCUGUCCAUCCCACCAGAAACAUAAGAAAGAACUUCAGACCACUGACAAAUAUUGAAACAAGCCAUUGAAGAGGCUUUGCACCUAUUCCCAAAGAUCAUUAAACACAGGCCUGUAAUAUGAAAGUCACAUGCAUCGCAACCUUAUUUUGGCUUUUCUCCAUGCUACUAUUACCAGACAAAAGCCAGACUUCUAAAACAGAAGUCCAAUGUAAUUUCACUGAAAGGAAUUAUUCUUUGGUUCCAGUGACUAUCAAUAAAAAUGUUACUAUACUUGAUCUCAGUUAUAACCAUAUUACUCUGAAUGCUACUGACAUAAGAGUUCUGCAGACAUAUUUUUUACUCACUGAGCUGUACCUAAUUGAGAACAAUGUUGCUAUCUUACACAGUAACAGUUUUGGUAACCUAUCCAAUCUAGAAAUUUUAAAUAUCUGUAGAAACUCCAUCUACAUAAUUGAACGGGGUGCAUUUGUAGGGUUAAGUAAACUAAAACAGUUAUAUCUCUGCCAAAACCAAAUACUACAACUGAAUGCUGAUAUGUUUGUACCUCUGAGAAACCUGAAACUUCUGAAUCUGCAUGGCAAUUGGAUAAGCUCUUUUGCAGUACCACAACUAUUUCAUCUGGAAUUAAUAAUUUUAUAUGGAAACCCAUGGAACUGCUCUUGUAGUCUAUUCAAUUUGCAGAACUGGCUUAAAACAUCAAACGUGACUUUAGAAAAUGAAAACGUCACCAUGUGUAGGUAUCCAGAUAUCCUGAAGAGCUACAAUAUCAAAACAGUACCUCUUAAAGCUGAAUGCCACUCAAAAUCUCCUUCACCUAUAAUUGAAGAUCUUUAUAUUCACUUUCAGUCCAAUAGCAAUUCAGCCUUUAAUAGCUCUUUGAACAACUUAACAAGAGAUUCAGAACAUGAGCCUCUUGGGAAAAGUUGGCCUCUCCUUAUUGGUGUUGUUGUCACUGUACUGAUGACUUCAUUCCUCAUCUUUAUUGCUAUCAAAUGUCCAAUAUGGUAUAAUAUUCUGCUUAGUUACAAUCAUCAUCGCUUAGAAGAGCAUGAAGUAGAAACCUAUGAUGAAGCUUUUAAUGGAAAUCCAAGUUCUCUUUCACAGACACCAGCUACAAACUCUGAAGACACUACAAUAAUAUUUGAACGAUUACACUCAUUUGUGGUAGAUGAUGAUGGGUUUAUUGAAGACAAAUAUAUAGAUACCCAUGAAUUAUGUGAAGAAAAUUAAUUUUUUGAUUAUUUAAUUAAAAAAAGUUAUCAGUCUAUUCAUAGUUUAAGCAUAGAGAUUUUGAUAUGAGACAUACCAAACUAUAGCUAGUAGACCUUGAUAUUAACUACAGCAUACAUAAAUGUCAUAAAACUAUGUUUUCUCAUUGUAUUAAGCAAGCAGAUCCAAAUGCAGUAACGGACACUCAGCAACGGUUACACAGUUAGUCCACAAUACUGGCAUUACUAUUCUCAGCAGUAUUCAGGAGACUGUAUGGGCUAGUGAGAAGAAGAUCUAAAGCAAAAUUAUUCAUUAAUUAGAAUGAAUGGAUUCUCAUAUUAAUACAAAUAUUUGAUGUAUUGUAUAUUAAGUUAUGCUGAAGUUCCAAUCAGCAAUAAAAUAAAGGUUUUGGAUUUAUAUUAUGAGUCAAAGUGAAAGGAACAGAACAUAAACAAUAUAUAAAGAUUGAUUUUAUGUUCCAUAGAGUGGGAAUUUAUGGAGUUGAAAAAUAUGUUUUUAAAUGCUUCCUGAAUUUGCAAAAUAAAUUUUCUUU